AUGGCUUUCAAAUUUUGUUUCGGCAUUUUCACUAUAAUUGUGUUAAUGCACUUUGUUCUGGGUGAAAACAAAUACUCCCGAUCGGCGAAUUCUAAGGGUGAAAAAGAUAUAAACUUUAGAAUUUUAGAAAAACCUUUUAGGAUGAAUAAAAUCAAUCUUCUAUGGUCUAAAGCUCAACAGCGUUUAACGGAACCUAAGCUGAAGUCACUGUACAGUGAUUUGAUGAUUCAAGAUAAACAAGAAAUAACAUAUAAAAGGGUAAAGAGUGAAGGUGGAGAUAAAGAAGGUUUUAAGGAAGCAGAAUUAAGGAGAAAACUAACUACUAUUAUGGAUAAUUAUGGUCUAAGGGAGCACUUUGAAGAUAAAUCUAUGGGAAAAAGAAAGCAAGAUGCGGUUUACAAUGAUGCAUCUGAUAAAUUCAUAAACAAAAGUUUAUUUAAAGAUAAGAAAUUAAACAUGUUAUGGGCAAAAGCAGAGGCUUCUGGGUUUACUAGUGAAGAACUAGCUGCUUUAAAAGAAGAAUUUACUCAUCAUCAAGAGAAAAUAGACCAGUACUAUGAUUUGCUAGUUAACAUGGAGGCUGGGGAGACUGAUGGCUAUAAGAAUGCUGUCAAUAAUGAAGAGAUAGAUAAAUUUAAUGAAAUAAAUUAUGUGAAUGACAAUGGGGAGAAUUUAACCAAAGAUUUCAUUGAUAAGGCUAACUUAGUAAGAGAAAAGCACAGGAGUCUUAGAGAUGGAUUUGAUAGGCUUGAUAGAAUCGCUGCCAGAGGCCCCACAAAUAAAGAAUUUAUUGAACCAAAAGUACAGGGCCUCUGGAAGAUAGCAGCUGCUGCAAACUUCACUGUUGACGAGUUGGCUUCUUUAAAGGUGGAACUUCAGCAUUACGAGUCACGCCUGUUGAAGCUUCGAACGCUACAUGCUGAUCAUGUAAGCAAAUACGACAAGCAUCAUUCCAAGGUAGCAGCUGCGGGCGACAAGAUGGAUCACUUUGCAGAGCAGCAACAAACCAUCAAGAAGCACACACGAAAAGUUGAGAAGAUGCACACUGAUCUGGAGAGCAGGAUCAUGUCAAGGCACAAUGAGCUAUAG